AUGACACUAAAGAUGGACUCUUCUCCAGGCUUCGUGUUUGCAGUUCUCCUCAUACUCGCAAGGACCCAGGGAGAGUCAGUGUCACAGACGGAAGGUCAAGUGGUCCUCUCAGAAGAGGGCUUUCUUACUAUACACUGCAACUAUUCAGCCUCAGGGUACCCAGCUCUGUUCUGGUAUGUGCAGUAUCCCGGAGAAGGUCCACAGCUCCUCUUCAGAGCCUCGAAGGCCAACGAGAAGGGAAGCAGCAGGGGUUUUGAAGCUACAUAUGAUAAAGGAUCCACCUCCUUCCACUUGCAGAAAGCCUCGGUCCAAGAGUCAGACGCAGCUGUGUACUACUGUGCUCUGAGUGACACGCAAGGAGGUGGAACAUUGAUGUUUGGAAAAGGAACUAUGGUAUCAGUCAGUCCCAACAUCCAGGACCCAAAACCAGCAGUAUACCAGCUGAGAGAUCCUAAGUCCAAGAACAGCAGCAUCUGCCUAUUCACCGACUUCGAUUCUCAAAUCAAUGUGUCAAAGGACAUGGCGUCUGAAGUGUUCAUCUCUGACAAGACUGUGCUGGACAUGAGGUCUAUGGAUUCCAAGAGCAACGGAGCAAUUGCCUGGAGCGACCAAAAUGGUUUCAACUGUAAAGACGCCUUCAAGGAGAACGCCUCCUACCCCAGUUCAGACAUUCCCUGUGAUGCCAAGUUGAUAGAGAAAAGCUUUGAAACAGAUAUGAACCUAAACUUUCAAAACCUGUCAGUGAUGGGACUCCGCAUCCUACUCCUGAAAGUGGCCGGAUUCAACCUGCUCAUGACGCUGCGGCUGUGGUCCAGUUGAGGUCGGCAAGACGGAAAGAGGCUGAACUCCCAAGCUCCUUCCUCUUCAUCACCCCCCCCUCCCUCUUCAAGCAAAAAGGAGCCCUCCCACCCCAUAAAGAAGGCUCUCGGUCUGACUGGCUCACAAUCCCCCCGCCGCCGACUGGAUCUCCUGAGUUUGUGAUGGAGAUUGCUGAACAGCUGCUAAAAGCUACUGUAACCACUGCUGCUGGCCAUUCACAGGAAAGGCAGGGGCUGCGACUUCUCCUGGAUAUGAA